GACGUAAUAGUGUUUUGAAUUGUGUGGGCCAAAACCUGCGCACAAAUAAAGAUUCUGCACCCACGACUGAGCAGCUUCACCCCUGUGAUAUAUAGGGAUUUUCACAGAUACAUGUCUCCAUAAUUUCAGACACACUUCUACUACACAGAAGAGUAGGAGAGUGCAAUGGAACUCCACAAAAUCAUCCACAGUGCCAUGCACGAAUUUAUUCACGCUUAUAUCCCUGAUGCAGAUCUCAGUGCACUGGAUGAUGUUCUCCUCUCCUACAUCACUGGAGUUCUGGAGGACCUUGGCUCUCCACACAGUGUGGAGGAGAACUUCGAUGUGGAGGUUUUUGCAGAGAUGUUAGAGGCUUACAUCCCUGGAUUUGCUGAAAUUGACAGUGUUAAAGUCUGUGAAAUGAUGUUCAGCCUGGCUUCAAAACUAGCUUCUGCUCGAACAACAGCCGAAGAAGACAGUACUUUACCUAAAUCAGGAAGCGAUGACGUUUCACUAAAACUCACCUCAUUGAGUGUUGACGUUGCAUCAGGGAAAGAAUUGGACUGUAGAGAAUCACAGACAGAGGGCGCCACUGCCAAGCUACCAGUGUCUGAGUGGGAAGCCCAGGAGCAACACCUGCUGGAGAUGUUUCCCAAGUGUAGCGUCUCCGAGGCCCGGAGCGCUCUGUCCAUCGCCAAAGGCGACAUGGAGGAGGCGGUGCGCCUAAUCAUAGAGGGAGACGUCCAACUGAAUCCCACUCCUAAUGUUAAUCAAGGGAAAGGUAUUUCUCACCUUCCUGACCAGAAGCUCAAAGAGAGCAUCCUGGAGAAAUACAUGUUGGUGGACAGCGAGGAGGACAAGAAAACGCACAGACCUGUCGCUCCUAAAGAUGCCCCCAAGAAAUUAGUGCGCUACCACGGCAACCAGGUGGUCACGACGAAAGGCGAGCGAUAUCAACUCGUGAAGAAGAACGAGACGGAGGAAAUGAAGAAGACCUAUGUGAAUCUGAAGCCUGCCAGGAAAUACAGGUUCCAUUGAUGGCAGGAGCAGCAGUGUGAGAGCAGCUACUGACAGUACUGUUUACAGAGAUAACUACGAACUAAAACAUUUACCCUGACAUUGGUUUAGUUUCAUUUACCCCCAGGAACUCGUUUCAUUUGGUGACAGUGGCUUAUUUGAGGACAUUACAUGUAUAUUUUUCAGCCCAUUUGUGUCGCCGUUUAUUUACUUGAGUAACCUCUGGACAUUGUUGAAUCUCGUCUUCUAGUUUGUGCGACGGUGUAACUUAAUGUUUCGUCAUCUCAGCAGGUCUGAUGUUGCACUGAUUGUGUGUUCUUAAACAUUUAUAUUAAAAGUUUGAUUUUAGCAUCUCUCCUUUAUAUGUUAACUUCAAUACACGUUCAUAAUUAUGGUUUAACACUAUAGGAACAAAUGUUUUGGUUUUCCUUUAGUUUUACUGGUGCUGUAAAAUCUUAGCUGCGACAAGUCAUUUUUUCUCUCUGUGCCAAAUUUAUUUAAUGGUCCAGUAACAUUCAAGAUACUUGGCUUAAAUUAUAUAUGAUGCCGAAAAAUGUGUUUUCAAGUAUAUUAUGUGUUCAAAAGAGAUACUUUUUUCUGUUCAUAGCUUUAAAAUAUUGUUUUAAGUACUUUUUGCAAAGGCAUCGUCUUUUUUAGCAGUAAGUGACUGCACAAAACACAAAUUGAUUUAUUUUGAUUUCUGCACUAGCGCCCUCUAUUGCGCCGUGGUCUCUGACGCCAUCACGUGGAGACUUAAAAACCUGCAGCAUGUUUUAAUAAAGAGUAUCUAUUUAGAACGUGUGUAUGUUUUUGUUUAAGUAUCGAUAGUUGGCGCCAAUAUAUUGAUAACAUUCGACAAAUAUCACGAUAUAUCGUAGUACUGAUAUUUUGGCACACCUCUAGGGAGCAGUGUUUACACUGGACUUUCUCUUAUCCCAUCAUGCUUGAGUUGUGUUGUGUUCAUCUUGUUCAUAGGUAACCUGUUGAUUGGAUGAAAAUGAUCUUGGAAAUGUAAAGUAUAUUUAGAUACAUUUUUUCUUAGCCUAGCCUAGCAUCAAAUAAAGCAAGGUUAAGUGAUGACGUGCAGUUAGAAGUCAUGGGACGAACAAUUUGGAAUUAUUUGAUGUCAGAGCAGGUUAUUACGUUAAAUUGUCAAGUUGCUGCUCAUCUUUCAAACGGCACUCGCUUUAUUUUUGAUACAAAUAUUUAGAUUUGCAGAAUGAUGUUUUUGGUCAUCUGACUGAUGUGACUGUAAUGGUUGAGUUUUACUUCAUU